AUGGCACCGAGUGAUCCCCGAGUCCGCGCCAUCGUCAACGACCUUCUUCCCUCUGCCGACAUCCAGUGGGGCGGUCUCCUGCCUUGUACUGGCUACAAGGAGGCUCCGCACUUCCCAAUCGUCAGUUACGGGGCCACGACUGCAGCCACCGUUGGCAAAAUCUUCUGCGUGUGCACCGCCCCCAAAGGCUCUCGAUGCUCCAACCAUCUCAAGCCCACGACGACGCAGAUGACCGAUGAGAAGUUUGAGGAGAUGCGCACUCGCGUGGCAGCCCUCGACCCGCCCGCUAGAUUCGGGGGCACAGUCUACCUCAGUGAACAUCCCUCGGACCACGCGGGCACUGUGGCCCGCCCUCGCCGUUCUGAGGGAGCGCCUAAGCGCAUGGGGAUGGUGGAUUGCUAUAUCUACAUGAAGGAAGCGGACAUGCCCAUCUCUGUCCCCUGCUCGUCAGCGUUUACGACCGUGAUUGGCUUGAAGUCCGCUUCCGCCAGCCGAUUACCUGCGACAUCCUCGGAAUCAAGCCUCGCCAAAGGAAGAUACCCUUCGAACAUUUCGACGCCCUUCGACGUAGUGAACUGCCCAGGCGUUGUCAAUCUCGCUGCAGGCCGACCUGUCGAAUUCACGCCUCCGCCUCUGCCCUCUCUCCUAGAACACAUGGGGGGUGAUCUCGACGGCGACGAAGAGGAGAUCGCGAACUCGCCCGUGUCCCCGGCGGAUUACCUGUCGUCAGGAAGCAACGACGACCUAGCGAUCGUGUACUCCUCUCCCGGGCGUGUGCUGCUGACCCCAGCCGCCUCAGAUGUGCCUAGUAGCCCGAUGACGUCGGAGGGGUCUUCCGGCCCCGGACCAAGCUCCGGACCGGUGGGAGGUUCAUCUCGUCGGACGCUCUCUUUGGGGAGGAAGAGAGAGCGCGACGACGACCCCAUCACGCUUCGCAAACGCCGAAAGGGAAAGGAGCGGGCGAAGGAGUAUGAGGAGGAGUCCGACGGAGCCUGGGAAGUCUGGGAAGUCCUUGAUGACAAUAUCGAGGUCCUCAUGGACUAG